AUGGCUGCUCGGCGCUCAUCCGCCGCAGAGAGCCCGACAUACGACAUCCCAGACGACUGGGCCAACCUCGACGAAGUAGCAGCAACAAGCCCGGUGGAAAACGUCGCAGAGGCGCCCAUCUACCGGCAUCGCAGCCUAGAGCAGAUCCGCAGCCGCGAUCGCGAUGAGCGCGAAAGACGACGGGCCAGCGUCUCUCAGACGAGGGAGCCUUCCCAUCCCCCGGCGGAGCAGUUGGACGUCGAGGCAAAAGGGGGAGAGGAGGAGGAACACCACGUGUCGAGGCUGGCGACGCAGAUCUACACAAUAUCGUACCUCGUCUUCUUUUCCAUCUGGGGCACUCUUGCGCGUGUGGGGUUGACCGCGCUGACGACGUAUCCCGGCGUGCCUAUCGUCUUCAGCGUUCUAUGGGCCAACUUUGGAGGCAGCCUCAUCAUGGGCUUCUUGUCCGAGGAUCGGAUGCUGUUCCGCUAUGAGUGGGGGAUGCCCACUUACGACCAGCUGCUCGCGCGCGCAAAAGAGAACGGGAAUAGCAAUGGGAGCUCCGGACAGGGCGACGAGUCCAUCGAUCUGGCGGCAGCAAAAAAGGCCCAUCUGGCCACGAAAAAGACGAUCCCUCUGUACAUUGGCCUGGCGACUGGCUUUUGCGGCAGCUUCACCAGUUUCUCGAGUUUCAUCCGAGACAUUUUCCUCGCCCUUUCCAACCAGAUGGUUACUCCAGAGCUAGGCAUACCGGGCCGAAACGGCGGAUACUCAUUCCUGGCCCUCCUCGCCGUAACUAUCACCACAGUAUCGCUCUCGCUUUCAGGCCUGAUAUUAGGAGCCCACCUCGCCAUCGCCCUUGAACGCUUCACACCAUCGAUCCCCUACCCCGUAACCCGCAAGAUCCUCGACCCCCUCGGCGUCCUCCUCGGCUGGGGCUGCUGGCUGGGCGCAGUCCUCAUGGCCAUCUUUCCCCCGCACAACAGGUGGCGCGGCGAAAUCCUCUUCGCCCUCGUCUUCGCGCCCCUGGGCUGCCUCGCGCGCUUCUACCUCUCCAUCCACCUCAACGCCAAGGUUGCGUCUUUUCCCCUCGGUACUUUCACCGCCAACGUCGGCGGCACGGCUGUCCUCGGCAUGGCGUGGGAUAUCGCCCAUGCUCGCGUGGGAGGAGUGGCGGGUUGCCAGGUGCUGCAGGGCAUCGAGGAUGGCUUUUGCGGCUGUCUGACGACGAUUUCGACAUGGGUUGCCGAGUUGAGUAGCCUUGAACGACGACACUCGUAUGUAUAUGGCUUCAGCAGCGUGGUGGCCGCUCUGGCGGUGAUGAUUGCCAUCAUGGGAGGGCUCCGAUGGAGCGAUGGAUUCAGCCCCCUGGCUUGCGUCUCCUGA